AGGAGUAAAAGCCGUCGGUUAUCCGGACCAACGAACGUUCUCGAUACACAAUCUAUAAACAAAAGGAGAACUUUAUUGUUUGUGCAUACUUUCCUCUGUGACUCUCUGAGAAGUCAAAACAUUGGCGAUUGCAGUAUUUUGAUUCGAGAGCUGAAACCGAAACAACAAUCGUUGUUUGGCCGUCAAGAGCGGAAGAUCUCAUAAAUUUCUAUCGCGUAAUAGAGUUAUGGCAAACGGAGUGAUACGAACCCAAAAUGGUUUCGAUUAUACAAAACUUUGUGCAGCAUUCAGCGAAAUUUGCCCUGACUUUCAACGGUCUGAGCCUGGCACAUCACAGAGCUUAGACUUUGCCAACAAGGUGCUUUUCGAGCUGGGUCCAAAGAUGCGGCAGAUUAAACAGAGUGGAUCAGGCCAGAUGUGGCGUCUCAUGUUCAACGGGGGCGGCAGCGUUUUCAUCUAUUCCUACACCUUUAAGAAUCCCAUCAACGUGAAUCCGCGUGUUCAGCAGCAAAACCUUUAUCUAACCCUCAAGCAGGCUGGACUCUUGGCGGCGAGUAAGUUAUGUUCCAUACUGCCAGAUCAGCAUAAUCCGAGGGACAAGGUAUUGUUGACACCAUUGGCUCGAGCUGUGUUUGCACCUCAAAAGAUCGCGAGUAUUGCAAUUGCACUGACUGCCCAACUGGGCAGAAGGGUUGACAAUGGCGAGGUGAUCAAAGCGGUGAUCAGCAGCUGUCAGUCAGAUGGCUUUCACUUGGAGCACAGUCAGUGCGCCAUUGCCGUGGUGGCCAUUGAGGUCACGAUCCGAGACGCAGCUCAGCGUCAGAAACUACGCUCGAAGACAUUGAGGACUUAUACCAAACAUGGAAAAGCGUUCGAUGAGGCAGUGUAUUCGAUUUAUGCACAGCACUCGAAGCUGGAGAAGAGAUUGCCCGAUGUGGAGCAACCAAUGUCGAGUACAUCGAGUGAACCUACCAGAAGUAUUGAUGCAGUGCUGCGCAGCAUUGCCAGGGGAGUUGAUGAUCCACUGAGUGGUGGCACACUGGAAAUGAGCUUUGUGGAACCACCGAAAGCAGCACCUGAGCAGGAAGUGAAUGAAGUUUUGCCAACGCCAAUUGAUUUACAUGUGGGCAACACUAAUCUGGAUUGGUUGAGAUACACGCGCUUCUUUCCCAUCAGCCCCAUUUAGACAUUUGUAUUUUAAAAGAUGCAAAUAAUUAAAAUAUGAAUAUAUAUAUACCAUAAUAUAUAAAUAUAUAAUUUGCAUUUUGUGUAGCUUGUAUUGAAUGAGGAAUGUGCACUUCUUUUUCAAUUUAGACUCAUUCUUUAGAGGAUGAACAUGAUUCGAAUUCA